AUGACAUUUCCUCAGAACAGUCAUCUGACGAUGCAUCAACGAACAGAAACGAGAGAGAAACCCUCUCCGAUUGGUCUUUGUAACCCGAGCUUUGUAACAAACAGCAAGUUGACGGCAAACCCACGUACGCAUACGGAUGAAAGACCGUACCGAUGUGACGUGUGUGAUAUGGCAUUCUCUAAAAGAAUCAUACUAAUUAUACACAAGCGGACUCAUUCGGGUGAAAAAUUCUACGCCUGUGAGAUAUGUGACAAGAAGUUCAUCAGUAAUAGCGUACUGACCGAACACCAGCGGAUACAUACAUGUCUAAAACCGUACCGAUGUGAUGUGUGUGAUAAGUCGUUCUCUCGAAACAGCCAUCUGACUGUACACCGGCUGACACAUACAGGCGCAAAACUGUACCGAUGUGACGCGUGCGAUAAGUCGUUCACUCAAAACAGCCACUUGACUGUACACAAGCGGACUCAUAUGGGUGAAAGACCUUACGCAUGCAACAUAUGUAACAACAAGUUUACCAGUUAUAGCGCACUGACUGUACACCGGCAGACGCAUACAGGUGAAAAACUGUACCGAUGUGACGUGUGCGACAAGUCGUUCUUUUAUAACAGCAAUCUGAUUAAACACCAGCGGACACACACGGGUAAAAAACCGUACCGGUGUGACUUAUGCGAUAAGUCAUUCUCUCAAAGCAGCAAUCUGACUACACACCGGCGGACGCACACAGGGGAAAAACCAUACCGGUGUGAUGUAUGCGAUAAGUCAUUCUCUCAAAGCUGCAAUCUGAAUACACACUCGCGGAUACACACGGGUGAAAAACUGUACCGGUGUGAUGUGUGUGAUAAAUCGUUCCCUCGAAGCAGCAGUCUGACCAAACACCAGAGGACGCAUACGGGUGAAAAAAAAAUGUCAGUGGCAUGUUAA